UCUUUAUCUGUAACAACCGUAUCCUCGAUCAAAGCGGAACUAAUAAGAAGCGUUGCUGUAGCAGAUCGGAAGACAUUCAGCCGCACACUUGAACGUUUCCCCAUGUCUUUUCUAGAAAUGCUUACACGUUUAAUUUAAAACACAAGUCAUAUAUAUGUAUAUAUGAUAUGGUGCCAUAAGAUUUGUUUGGCUGAAUUCAAAUGGCUUCCUGCUGCACUACAUGAGGCACGGAAGAACAGUCCGUACAGCCGAGUGCACUUUAAUUAAAGAAGCCGUUUGGAAGUUAGCCGCUGAUUCAAGCAAGCAGAGGUCAUCAGUAAUGUCUGAUUUGAGAGUAGAGAUUGAAAAAGAGCCGGUUCAGGGAGACACUAACCGCAGCAGAGUUAAAAACCGUGUCGGACUGGUUGCUACUUGUGCACUCGGAGGCUCAUUAGUCGCUUUAUACGCUGUAGCCGGACCUUUCAUUGCUCCGGCGCUGAGGAAAACCUGUCUCCCGUUCGUCCCUGCUACAAACACACAGGUCAAAAACGUCCUCAGAGCUUUGCAGUCAAGAUCUGGGACUCUUGUGGACAUUGGAAGUGGCGAUGGACGGAUCGUCAUAGCCGCAGCGAGGGAGGGUUUCCGGUCCGUCGGCUUCGAGCUGAAUCCGUGGUUGGUGUGGUACUCCCGUUACAGAGCGUGGAAACAAGGGGUUCAUCGCCACACCUCUUUUUAUAUCUCUGACCUCUGGAAGGUCAGUUUUGCACAGUACUCCAAUGUCGUCAUAUUCGGCGUUCCACAAAUGAUGGAGCAGCUGGAAGCCAAGCUUCAGACGGAGCUUCAGUCCUCAGCUCGAGUGGUGGCCUGCCGUUUCCCCUUCCCCACAUGGACUCCUGAUCACGUGACCGGAGAGGGAAUUGACACCGUGUGGGUGUACGAUGCCAAGACUUUCAAAUCUCACACGACGACAGCAAAAGCUGCUGAACCACAGUGAAGACGAGAAUCUUUUAUGAUGAAGUCAAACACGUAUUAAAGGAAAUAGACUGUUUCAAACGUCCUACGGAAAUAAAAAUACGUCUUUCUUA